GGAUCCGGUAAGAACCCCUCCUUAUAUAAGAACCCUAGUUAUAUAAGAACCAAUCUCAGCCGUAGGAUUAAGGUAAUUUAGACGGUUAAGAUUAAAACACGUAUUUUUCCUCAUACCCCCUACGGCCCUACCACCCGAUCAAAAUUUUCUCUCUCCUCUAACUUUCUCUCUCUUCGUGCUCAUCUCAUUCUCUUUUGCAAACCCCCAAAAAUCUCCAUAGAAAUUGCAAUUUGAAGGAUUUUCGACUCAGCAAAAUGCAAGGCCAAAAUGAAGCAAAAUCAGAAGGAGGAGUUACUAAUAUACAAGAAGAAGAAAUUACUUAUGUAAGAAAAAGGAAAGUUGAAAACGUUGAAGCGGAAGUAAUUGAUAGAUCGGAAUUUGAGAAGCAUAUUGAAAGUAAAAGUGUUGCUAUAAGACAUAGAAAACUUCCAACAAGGCUUCAACCACCUCGAAAAUUGCAAAAAAAGGAAGGAAGAGAAAAAGAUCAAGAAGAAGGAAAAGAUCAAAAAGAAGAAGAGGGUAAUAAUGUAGAGGAUGAUGACAAGAAUAAUGAUAGUAAAGAUGAUGGUGAGGAUGAUAAUAAGGGUGAUGUAAAGAUGAAAGAGAAAGAUGAAAAAGAGGAGAUGGAAGAUGAUAGUGAGGAGGAACAAAAAAUCAAUAAAAAAAAUCAAACUCAGAAGAAGAAAAGAAAGAUUGAAAAAGAAGAAGAUGGUGAGGAUGUCCAAGUAGUAGAAGCUAAUGAGCAAGAUAAACUAGUUAAGAGGCAACCUUAUCAAAGAGUACCUCCUACUCAAUUCAUGAAGGAUGUGUUGAUAAAUCUUUCGGAAAAACAAAAGCAAGCUAUUCGGAACAUUGGUUUUGGAGGCUUUUUGGAAUUGGAUUUACCAAUCCAUAUUAAUUCUACGUUGACAGAAAACUUGGUUACGAAUUUUGACACGGAGAGAUGUUGUUUGAUGUUACCAAAGAGAAAACAAGAAAUCUUUUUGGAGGCAAUUGAUGUUCAUUUGGCUUAUGGGUUGCCAUUGGGAGGCAAAAGGAUUGAGCAACCAAAUGAUGAGUCAAAUCUGAAAUGGAGCAAGUUUCUAAAAGCUUGGAGAAGCAAGUUUGGCCUCAAAAAAGGAAGUCCAACCAACAAGAGAUUGAUUGACAGAAUUGAAGAAGGAAAAAUCAGUUUCUGA